UUUAGGUUAAAUGUACAUAUUUUAGUUAAGCCAUGGAAUCUCAGCUGUUUAGUCUGAACUCAGAAAAUUGCACCAGUGAAGGACAGAGAUAAGGGGGGGGGAAACGGGUCAACUUGGCCUAGGAAUUUUUUCUGAUAACAAAAAAAAUAGUGCUAAAUGUCACGGGAAGUGUGUAAAAUGAAUAUGUAUGAACCUCUUGUGAAAUUGUAUGCAUAUGUAUUUGGGGAGAGAGAUAAAAAGGGGACCUGAAGAUCCCAGAGGUACGCAUGCCUUUUAAGGGGAGUAAUCCCCGCAUGCGUCCAGCGCUGCAAUAAACAUAUCGGCUUUACAACUUUUACAAAGUUGUGGAGUUUUUGAUUUUCUCCGCAAAACAUUUUGGCGAGCCAGCCAGGAGGUUCCAUCUCUGUCCCCGCAGGGCAGGAAGGGUAGAGGGACCUCCUAGACGCGCCCCGGGAUCUUCCCAGAGGAGCUCCGCUGUCCAUUUUGCCUUCUGCGGAGACAGACAAGGACCUGCUGGCGUGCGGAAUAUUCGAGAUCUCCUGUGGACGAAAGAAGCCACACGGGCCUUUCACCAGCUAAAGAGUGCCCUCAUGUCAGCUCCAGCCCUGGGAGUUCCGGAUGUAAGUAAACCAUUCUUUCUAUUUUCCCAUGAAAAACAGGGAAUUGCCUUGGGAAUACUGGCCCAGGACUUGGGUCCAUACCGGCGGGAAGUUGCUUACUUCUCCAAACAACUAGAUGCAACAGCCAAAGGAUGGCCAGGUUUCCUCAGAGCUGUAGCAGCAGUCGUGCUGAAUAUUCAAGAGGCACGCAAGUUUACCCUGGGACAAAAAAUGACUGUGCUAGUGUCCCAUACAGUGUCCACAGUACUGGAAGUAAAGGGUGGACAUUGGCUUUCACCACAGAGGUUCCUGAAAUACCAGGCCAUCAUGGCAGAGCAAGAUGAUGUAGAAAUAGUGGUGACUAAUAUUGUCAACCCAGCUUCCUUUCUCAGUGAAAAUCAAGGGGAAGCAGUGCACCACGAUUGCCUGGAGACCAUUGAAGCUACCUACUCCAGCCGCCCAGACUUAAAGGACACUCCUUUGGACGAUGCAGAGACCUGGUUCACUGACAAGAGUAGCUACGCUGCCAAUAGAAAGCGACAUGCUGGGUAUGCAGUGACCACCUGCAGAGAGGUAAUAGAAUCCGGACCCUUACCAACAGGCACCUCUGCACAGAAGGCCGAGAUAAUUGCCCUGACCCGUGCCUUAGAAAUGGCAAAAGGAAAGAAGAUAAACAUCUACACAGACUCGAGGUAUGCAUUCGGAGUCGUGCAUGCACAUGGAGCCAUCUGGAAAGAGAGGGGACUUCUGACCUCACAGGGAAAGAACAUCAAACAUGCACAAGAGAUAAUCCAGCUGUUAGAAGCAGUUCAGCUGCCUGAAAAGGUAGCAAUUAUGCAUAUCAAGGCACACCAAAGAGUGAGCUCAGAAUUGGAAGAAGGAAAUGAGCUGGCGGAUAGAGAGGCAAAGGAAGCAGCAAAAGGUGAGGUAACUAUUGAAGGAGCCCUAAUUCCAGAUGGACAAAUUUCCCUUGAAGGUAAGCCAGAAUAUAGUAAGAGAGAUAGAAAAUUAAUUGAAGAUCAAAAAGGGACAUAUAACCAAGAAGGGUGGGCUACCAUUGAAAAGAAGCUGGUAAUCCCUUCCCAUUUAUUGUGGUCACUAGUAAGGGAAGAGCACCAGAAAGCACACUGGGGAAUAGAUGCCCUAUACACCUACUUGAUUGAAAGAAUAGUUGCUAGGAAUUUAUAUGCCACUAUUACUCAGGAGACCCGACAGUGUGAUCUUUGCCUCCAGACUAACCCCAGAAAUGCUCCCAAGCCGAAACUCGGUCAGAUUGGGAGAGGCCAUGGGCCUAGGCAGCAGUGGCAAAUUGACUUUUCAGAACUCCCAGGGAAAGGGGGGUAUCGGUAUUUACUGGUAUUGACAGAUACAUUUUCACGGUAGCCAGAAGCAUUCCCCACCAGAACUGUCAAAGCUCGAGAGGUGACCAGAGCGUUAUUACAAGAAAUAAUACCACGCUUCUGAGGUCCAGCCACAAUAUCCUCGGAUAGAGGAUCACAUUUCAUUUCCAAAAUAGUGCAACAGAUUAGUAGCCACCUGAGCAUAGAUUUGGAACUUCACACUCCAUACUGCCCCCAAUCAAGUGGCCAAGUAGAAAAAAUAAAUCAUUUGAUUAAGCAGCAGAUUGUGAGACUUGGGCAAGAAGUUAAUCUACCCUAGCCCCAAGGUCUUCCACUGGCACUAUUGAGAAUCCGAACUAAACCUCGGGCUAAAGAAAAGCUGUGUCCUUUUGAAAUGCUUUAUAGAAGACCAUAUGGAAUACAAAAGAGAAUGUCCACCCAGAUUAGGGAAGUAACACUAGCUACCUACAUGGUAGCUUUAAGCAAACAGCUCAGAGAAAUUGAGAAACACGUGGCUGGAACUCGGAGCAGGGAGCUAGAUGGGCCAGUACAUAACACACAACC